AUGUUGAAGUGUCGAGUGAUCCCAAUUCUGGUGACUGAUUUCCGAAUGAAAGAAAGGUUUCAAAAAACUUCCUUUGUGGGAGAAGGGGAUAAGAAGUGUCGAAGAGCUCACCUGGAUCAGUCGCAUCGAGGGUCUGAGGCGUGGGCUGACUUAGAGGUCCAGGGGUACCACCGGAGCCCGGCGAGCGCACGUCGUCGUUCACCGCACCGUAGGACAGCGACGACGAAGGCGGUCUCUGUUGACAACAACUCGAAGUUAUGA